ACGGAAAGUACAGCUAGGAGCAAUUUCAUGGGAAAUUCAAGCAAUGCAAUGAAAUUUUCGAAUGAUAGAAAUCGAUAUCACUCGAGAGUCAAUAGAACUCGUGUUGUUAGGAAAAAAAUACUGCUAAUUAAAGUUCCUAGAAAUCACGCUUCUCUAUUGGCUGCUGUAAAAUAAUAUUACUAAAUAUUUUCGGACACACUUGCUUAUCUAGAUAUUCGUGCAUCGUGAUUGUUAAUUAAAAUGUUUAAUAUUAUAUGUUUGUUGAUUAAUUUAACAUUGCACAAGUUGUGUAUUUUUAAUUUUGCACGUUCAAAUUUUUCACACGCGUAAAGCGUGUGUCAAAAUCGAAUAUAUCAUAUUCCGAAUCUGGCAUCCACGCAUGCGCGAGUAGAGCGUUUCCUUCAGCAGCAUUGGAUCAUACCAUUUAUCACUGUAAUGUAAACACGUGUUGUUGUUCGAAGUAGACGCACAAUGCGGUUUCUCCGCGAAGGAAAUCGGCAAGAAAUAUUGCGAGUACAGCGCGUUCGAUAUGAUUGAAUAAUAUGAUAAUAAAAAGAAGCAUUCACGAAUUCGAGUGAUCUUGUCAUGCUCGUAUGUUGAAAUUCGUCACGUUCGUAUGGUCGUUUCUGCGUUCGCGAAUUGGAUGUUAAAAUUUACUCCGACAUACAUUUGAAAUUAACGCUGAACGUGGCUUCUGAUACGAAUAAAGAAAAUUACAAAAUUAUUCGACCGGAAACGUUUAGUGCUCUUGCAGAGCGCUCGUAUAAAAUUGAUCGAGCAUGAUUAUAUGAUACAGAAUAGUUGCCUUUGUUGUAGAAGAAUAUUUUAAUAUUAUUACGAAUUUUUCGAUAAAUUUAACAACUGAUAAUUUAUUAAUCGUUUAUCGAUUAUUUUUCAUCUAGUAUACAUAAAAAAAUAUAAAACAUUCAGAAGCAAGAAAUCUUUAUAGAGAUGGAAGGAGCCUGGUUUCCUCGUAUAAUUGCUCAUCAUCCAUACGUUAUUUUAUUAAUUGUUUUUAUAUUUUCUUCGACAUGUGUUAUCAUUCCGCUUACGACAAAAAAGUUUCCAGAAUUUUUAGAUCCUCAAAUGGGUUUUGAAGCCAGAGGCACAGUUUUAGCACAAAGACUGACAGCUUGGAAUAAUUUAAUAGAAGCUACAAAAUCAAGAGGAGAGCUUAUUGAUAAUCCUUUAGAAUAUCAUCAAUAUAUACAUCAUCUAUCUCAGUCUAAUAUAAAAACACAAAAUUAUAGUUUGCCUACUCAGGGUAUUCUUAGAAAAAAACCGAAAAAUAAAAAUAAGAGAAAAGGAAAGAAACAUCAAAUGACAUUAAAUAAUACAGAUUAUAAUAAUAAUUAUGAUAAAGAAGCAAAUGAGGAGGAGAAAGAUAAAUGGGAAGAAUUAAUAGAAAUGAAAGAAAAGCAUAAUAUAGAUAAUGAUAGAACUCAAGAUCACUUUGAUAGCGAUAAUUUUUUCUGCAAUCUACCCAGUUCUUCAUACGCUCGUGUUGUAAUUAUUGUAGAUUCAGAAGAAAAUGAUUUAUGGUCAAUACAAGGUGUUUUAGCUCAAUGUCACAUUGAUGAUGUACUUCGAGGAAACAGUCAUUUUCCAUCUUUGUGUCAGACACGAGAGGACGAAGGAGAUCAUAAAUGUUGUAGAAGUUGGUCACCAGCUAAUUAUGUAGCACUUCUAUCUAAUCGAAGUUCAUGUUUAGGAGUGACAGAGAGUGAUCUAAGCAGAGUGAAAAUACUUUUGCAACAAUGCGCUUAUUAUUAUCAUAAUCGUCAGUUAUUGCCUAAUUGUGCAGAAGACUUUAAUUGCCAAAAACAUGUGCCAAUUGAAUGUUAUACAAGAAAUGCAGUUUAUCAUCUACUGCAUUAUCUUUUGGAUGUUAAUUUUAUCCCAAAUGAUAGUACGGAUCCUAAAAACAAAAAUACAACGUUGCAAUCUGCCAUGCUAUUUCUUCCAAUCGCGGCAAGUUCAGCAACUUUAGAUUAUUACAAAGAAAUAGACAAUGACGAUUUAAUGUACGGAAAUUUUCGUGUUCAAGGCAUGCAACUUGGCCUAAAAAGUACACUAUUUGAUCGACUGUUAUUAUCUGAUUCGAGUUUGGUGCUCGCCGGUUUUAUUUUUGUUACAUUUUGCAUCUGGGCGUACACUGGUUCUAUAAUAUUGACUAUUGCAACUAUUUUCGCAGUGCUAUUCAGUCUUGGUAUUUCAUAUGCAAUAUAUACACUUGUUUUGAAUAUUCAGUUUUUUCCUUUUAUGAACCUGUUGGCUAUUGUUGUAGCUGUAGGUAUCGGAGCAGAUGAUGCAUUCAUAUACUGUAAAGUGUGGGAAUCUAGAAAACAACACAUACAGAAACUUUCUAAUGAUGGAUUAGUACAUUUAGUACAAGAAACAAUGAAACAUGCUUUCCCAUCUAUGUUUGUUACAUCUCUUACUACAGCAGUAGCUUUCUUCGCGUCGAUUGUUAGUAAUGUAACUGCUAUCAAUUGCUUUAGUUUAUUUUCAGGCAUGACGGUUAUUGCUAAUUUCUUUCUUAUGAUCACAUGGUUACCAGCGUGUGUAGUCGUGUCGGAGCAUUGUAAAUUAUCUACUUUGUCACCUGUCAAUUUUAUUACCAGAAAAAUAAUUCGUCCUUUACGAUCCUUGGGAGAUAAAGUAACAGUAGGGUUUACUACCUUUCUUACUGCAUUAGUUCUUCGUUUACGAUGGUUUUGGUUAUUAAGUUUAGGAACUGUGGCGAUAUCGUCCUGCAUCGUCGUCUUCAGUUACCCGGGAUUGCAAUUGCCAGAUUAUAUGGAUUUUCAGUUAUUUCAUAGCACACAUCCAUUUGAACAGUACGAUCUAAUAUAUUCGCAGAAGUUCUGGUUUGAACGAUACGAAAUGGUUGGUGGAGAUGCUGAAAUUUUACCAUUGACAUUCGUCUGGGGUAUAAAACCAGUUGAUAACGGAGAUUAUCUUAAUCCUAGUAAAAAGGGAACGCCGGAUUGGGACGAUAAUUUUGAUAUUUCUCAUCCGCAGUCGCAAUUAUGGCUUGAACGAUUUUGUCAAAAUUUACGAAGCCAACCUUUCUAUCGCAGCACUGUUGGACCUCUAUUAUCUAAUUGCUUUAUCGAACCAUUGAAAUCAUGGAUGAAAAGACGUUGUAAGGAUCCUAUUGAUCCUAACAUUGAGAAUAUGCCGUGUUGUGAGAACAAUACAUUUCCGUAUAAACCAGACGUUCUGCAACAAUGUGCAGCCGAAGCUAAUAAGGAAUUACAUCGCACACCUUAUUUGUGGAGUCGAGGUAGCCUACUUUCCGCAGGUCCAAAAUUUGUAAAACCGUUAUUAUCCACGCAGACAUCAAAUGAUACGCUCGCGAUAAAAGUAAUGCCUAAAAUUAAAGCACUUGUUGUUGAAUAUGAUAGCACAUAUGCAUAUUCCCUUUCGUUUGGACACAUGGAUAAAUUUUUUCACGAGGUUGAAAAUUGGAUGCAAAAACAAUUGCGAACUGCACCUAAAGGAAUGCGAGGAGGAUGGUUUAUUAGUAAAUUAGAAUUUUAUGAACUCCAGCGUACAUUAUAUGAUGGUACCAUAUGGGCGAUCGCAGUAUCGUUAAGUUUGGCUCUAAUAGUAUUAGCACUGGUGACCUUAAAUCCUCUUGUUAGUCUAUAUGCAAUUAUAACCAUUGGUGCUGUAAUUAUCGUAACUAUUGCAAUACUUAUUCUUCUUGGCUGGAAACUUAAUGUCUUAGAAAGCGUAGCAAUCUCUACAGCUAUUGGUCUUGCUGUUGAUUUUAGUUUACAUUAUGCUGUGAGUUAUAAGGCAUGUAUUUCUGAGAAAAAAAUAGACAGAGUAAAAACAGCACUACAACAAAUGGGCGGUCCAACUCUUAUGGCAGCAAUUACUAGCGGUGCUGCGGGUGCUUUAAUGUUACCUUCUCAUGUACUAGCAUAUAUACAAAUCGGUGUCUUUUUACUAUUUGUUAUGGGAGUCAGUUGGAUAUACGCAACAUUAUUUUUGUGUCCAAUGUUAGCAAUAAUUGGACCAUCUUCGCACUUUGCUCAAUUCGAAUAUCCCAAAUUGAAAAUAUUAUCAAUUUGUUUUAAUAAAUAUGAAAAAGGUGUAGUUGAAACUGACAAAGAUAACAAUCGAACGAAGAAGACUUAUAAAGGACGGGGAAUGCUGUCGGAAUCAACUUUAAGUACAUCUAGCUCUGUAUGUCAAUUCCAUUGCAGUGAAUUGGAAACUCUUGCAGCAAGGCCUCCAUCGCCGUCAUUGCCACCAUCUCCAUUAUCAACGUUACUUCGUUGAAAUAAUUCAUUUAUAUUUAUACCAUUUUUCAGGAAUUUCAAUUUAUCAUCUUAAUGUAUCUUUU